GGGCAGAGAGAGAGAAAGAGAGGGGGGGGGCAGAGAGAGAGGGGGUGCUGGGGUCUGGGCGCCGCCGCCAUGGGCCACCCUCCUCUGGAGUUCAGUGACUGUUACCGAGACAGCCCGGAUUUCAGAGAGCGCCUCAAAUCGUAUGAACAGGAACUGGAGAGAACCAACAAAUUCAUCAAAGAGAUCAUUAAAGACGGCUCCGCGCUGAUCAACGCCAUCAAAGUGUACUCUGCCGCUGUGGUCAAGCUGUCCCAGAGCCUGCAAGCCUUCCAGUUUGAGUUCAUUGGAGACACUCUGACUGACGAUGAGAUAAACAUCGCCGAAUCCUUCAAGGAGUUUGCAGGGCUACUGUCAGAGGUGGAGUGUGAGAGGGAGAUGAUGAUUCAGAACUCCAGCAAUCUGCUGAUCAAGCCUUUGGAGACAUUUAAGAAAGAUCACAUCGGGGUGGCCAAGGAGAAGAAGAAGAAGUUUGAGAAGGAGAGCGAGAAGUUUUACUCUGUACUCGAUCGCCAUUUAAAUCUCUCGUCAAAGAAGAAGGAUUCUCAACUGUUUGAGGCUGACCAGCAGCUGGACCGGGAGAGACAGAAUGUAUAUGAAGCAUCUCUGGAAUAUGUCUACAAGAUCCAGGAGGUUCACGAGAGGAAGAAGUUUGACGUGGUGGAGCCGGUGCUGGCGUUUCUCCACGGGUUACUGACCUUCCAUCACCUGACGUUUGAACUCACUCAGGAUUUUAUGCCGUAUAAACAGCAGCUCCAGCUGAGCCUCCAGCAUACGAGGAAUCACUUCCUGAGCACACGGGAGGAGAUGGAGGAGCUGAUGGGAAGAGUGAAGGAGGCUCCUCAGUCCUGCAAACUGCCCGGCCAACCCAUCAUCGAGGGCUACCUGUACUCCCAGGAGAAACGAGCUCUGGGCUUCUCCUGGGUGAAGUACUACUGUACGUACGUGAAAGAGACCAAAUCUCUGACUAUGAUCUCCUGCGACCAGAAACCAGGAAGCAAACAGGAAUUUAAACUGAAAUUGUGCGUCCGGAGGAAAUCCGACUCAAUCGACAAACGGUUCUGCUUUGAUGUCGAGACGAUGGAGAGACAGGGGCCGGUCACACUCCAGGCUCUGUCCGAAGCCAAUCGGAGGCUGUGGAUUGAGGCGAUGGACGGUAAAGAGCCGAUCUACACCACACCCACGGCAAAGCCAGAGGAAAGACAACUCAACGAGAUCGGCUUCAAGUUUGUGAGGAAAUGCAUCAACGCUGUGGAAACCAGAGGGAUCACAACUGAAGGUAUUUAUAGAACAGUCGGCAGCAACUUCCAAGUCCAGAAGCUGUUAUCUCAGUUUUUCGACUCGAACCAUCCCGGUGAUGUGGAUCUCCAGAGCAACGAGUGGGACAUAAAGACUGUGACCAGCGGCCUGAAACACUAUCUCAGGAACCUGGAGGAGCCGGUGAUGACAUACAAACUACACAGAGAGCUCAUCACCGCCUCCAAAUCGGACAAUAUUGAUUACCGUCUGGGAGCCAUUCACAGUCUGGUCUACAAACUGCCCGACACCAGCCGUGACAUCCUCAUCCUCAUCAUCCAGCACCUGGUCAAUGUGUGUGGCCACAGUAAGGAGAACCUGAUGACGGCCUCUAACCUGGGAGUGAUCUUCGGGCCGACGCUGCUGCGAGCUCAGGAGGACACUGUGGCCGCGAUGAUGAACAUCAAGUUUCAGAACAUCGUGGUGGAGAUCCUGAUCGAGCAGCACGACAGGAUAUUCCGGUCGCCUCCAGAGGAGAGUUCUGCUCCACCCAUCCCACCCCCCAGAGCUGCCCCCAGGAGACGGCAACCAAUCACCAUCUCUAAGCGCCCUUCCCGACCUCGCCACGCAUUGAGCCACGCCCACUCCGAGGACACGGAAGACGAGCCGGGCAGUGCCCCCCGGAGUCCGCGGGACGUGGGCUGCCCCCCAAGCCCUGUGCCCCCACUACGCAGCAGCAAGCCCGGCCCCCCCACCCCGCGGCCAGGAGACCCCGAAACUAGUGUGCGAUAUGCUCGGCCGCACUCGGAGGGGGAUUCGGGGAGGCCGGGCAUCAAGCUGGGCCCCAGGGCCGCCAACGGAGCCCCUGAGCAGCCCAGUGCCAACAGUGUUCGCUCCAGGGGUCGGAUAGUCAACCCUGAGGACGGUGAUUACAGUUACAUUAAUGUCCAUCGAUCACAGUCUGAGAGGGGGCCUGGCCUACAGCGGCCUCCUAUGAGACCCCCAGACCCCCCCUGUCGAGACAGAACCCCCCCAGCCCAGAAAACCGAGCCUCCAGACAGCAUUCCCCCCUCUGUAGUCGCCUCUCGGGCCAAGUUUUUUGAGAAGGCGGCUCGACACACAGGCGGGUUGAACCCCUCUCCCCCGCGAUCUCCCCCUGUGGCACGGAGCGGCACUGAUAGGGAUGAGAGCUUGACCACCAUGCAGCCACUCAGCAGACCCCAGUCCUGACCUUGGAUCUAUUGGGGCAACGGUACAGUAGCGGUGAAGGUGCCAGCGAGUUCCCACCGGCUGCUGGCGAGGGAGCGAGCGAGUGCCUGCCCCAGACUGGCCUGCUCCUGGUUCCCUCUCCCCCCGGCCCAGACCGUGCUCACCGGCUGCUCCCCGGGGAGUCAGGCUGGGGGUGCGGAGCUGCUCCGGGGAGAGGUCAGCGUCUGCAGCAUCUCCUUCCCGCUGCUCGGGGACCCGUGUCGGAAUCGCGUUGGUGUUGUGCAUGUGCGUGUGUAUGUUUGCAUGUGCGUAUGUUGAUGUACGUGUGCGUGCGAUGUCUCGCACGUGUCCAAGUCGGUGCACGUUUCUUAUUAAAUGUUUACUGUGCAAA